GAGCAGCCGAGAAAAUACGGGUUUUCGGGGCGGGUUGAAAUCCCAAAUCACAAAACGACGCCGUUUUGGAAGAACUUUGAAAAAUCAGUCUGAGUCACGUAUACUAUAUUUACACCACUAGCGGAGGUGCCACUGCCAUACUUCGCCUCCUCUUCUUCCGCUCGAUUUUUCCGCUUCUCCAUUUCUUCAUCCGCCAUUUGAAUUUACCAGGUGAUGGUUGGGAGCGGUGUUGAGGUUCAAUCAACGAUGUCGAUUAACGGAUCUCUGUCGAACGGGAAAUCCGCCGAGCAGUUGGCCGUGUCGGACGUCGAGUCUUUUGAUCCGGCGACGGUGGUGCCGGAGCCGCUGCCGCCGGUGGUGGAUUCGAACGGUGAGGAGGUGGUGAAGCCGAGGGAGAUCGUUUUAGGGAAGAAUGUUCACACCACUUGCCUGGAGGUGACGGAGCCCGACGCCGACGAUGAGUCCACCGGAGAUAAAGACGCCUACAUGGCCAGUGUGUUGGCGAGGUACCGCAAAACCCUCUUGGAACGGACCCAGCACCAUUUGGGAUAUCCGUACAAUCUGGACUUCGAUUACGGCGCACUUGGUCAGUUGCAACAUUUCUCCAUUAACAACCUUGGAGAUCCAUUCAUCGAAAGCAACUACGGUGUGCAUUCGAGACAGUUUGAAGUGGGUGUUUUGGAUUGGUUUGCCCGCCUUUGGGAAAUUGAGAAGGACGAUUACUGGGGAUAUAUUACUAACUGUGGAACUGAGGGUAAUCUUCACGGGAUCCUUGUUGGGAGGGAAGUGUUUCCUGAUGGAGUUUUAUAUGCUUCAAAGGAGUCACAUUACUCUGUUUUCAAAGCAGCAAGGAUGUAUAGAAUGGACUGUGAAAAGGUCGGAACAUUGGUCACUGGAGAAAUUGACUGCACAGAUUUUAAGACGAAGCUUCUUUUGCACAAGGAUAAACCGGCAAUCAUCAAUGUCAACAUAGGAACUACUGUUAAGGGGGCUGUUGAUGACCUGGAUCUAGUUAUACAGACCCUCGUAGAAAAUGGAUUUUCACAUGAUAGAUUCUACAUCCAUUGUGAUGGUGCUCUGUUUGGGCUCAUGAUGCCAUUUGUCAAAAAGGCACCGAAAGUUUCAUUCAAGAAGCCUAUAGGAAGUGUAAGCGUUUCUGGCCACAAAUUCGUGGGAUGCCCAAUGCCAUGUGGAAUCCAAAUAACAAGGCUGCGGCACAUAAACGCUCUCUCAAGAAACGUAGAGUAUCUCGCCUCAAGAGAUGCCACAAUCAUGGGAAGCAGAAACGGGCACGCUCCGAUUUUCCUGUGGUACACUCUGAACAGAAAAGGGUACAAAGGUUUUCAAAAAGAAGUCCAAAAGUGCCUUCGAAACGCUCACUACUUGAAGGACCGUCUCAGGGAAGCUGGAAUCAGUGCCAUGCUCAACGAACUGAGCAGCACUGUGGUAUUUGAGCGGCCUCGAGAUGAAGAAUUUGUUCGCAUGUGGCAGCUCGCUUGUGAGGGGAAUAUGGCCCACAUUGUUGUCAUGCCUAAUGUUACUGUUGAGAAGCUGGAUUACUUCUUGAAUGAAUUAGCUAAGGGGCGAGCGAUUUGGUAUAAAGAUGGGAAAGAACAGCCCCCUUGUCUUGCGGUAGAUGUUGGGAUUGAGAACUGUUCUUGUGCCGUGCACAAAUAAUUUUUUUCUUUUGUUGUCUUUAAGGAACUACCUGUUGUUUUCUGCUGUGUUUUUGUAGCGAAACUCGUCUCUACUUAGAAGAGAGUUUCGGUUGUGUUUGUAGUAACAAAGAAAGUUUAGUUUUUUUUUUUUUUUUUUUUUUGUUAUUUCUUUUCGUUCGUGUAUCGAACUUGGUUGUUGUAGUAUGAUGAUUCCAUUUCGUAGGAGUUCUUGCAAUGAAAAUUUAUAUUCGAUCGUCUGAA